CAUGAGUGUCAGUCAAGCUACUUCUGGUUUUGGAGAUGCUCCAUGACCUUGUAUCAUCUGAAGCUUAGCACUGAAACAUGGUGUGCAGGUUGUCACCUGAGUGGGUGAUGCAUGAUGGGGAUCAGACCUGUAUAAAUUGGUGAGGGAGUGUUGGACAAGGUUAGCAGAAUCCUGGAUAUGGGUCACCACUGCUGCAGCAAGCAGAAGGUGAAGAGAGGCCUGUGGUCUCCUGAGGAAGAUGAGAAGCUGGUCAAGUACAUCACCUCCCAUGGCCAUAGCUGCUGGAGCACUGUCCCCAAAGAAGCAGGGUUACAAAGGUGUGGAAAGAGUUGCAGGCUAAGGUGGAUCAACUACUUGAGGCCUGACCUAAAAAGGGGCACCUUCUCGGAAGAAGAAGAAAGAAUCAUCAUAGAUGUGCACAGGAUCCUAGGCAACAGGUGGGCUCAGAUAGCAAAGCAUCUCCCUGGGAGGACAGACAACGAGGUCAAGAACAUCUGGAACUCAUGCAUAAAGAAGAAACUGAUAUCGCAAGGCUUGGAUCCGACGACCCAUAACCUAUUCCCCUCUUCUCGUCCUACCAACGGCAGCAUCAACUCAGACGAGCUUCAUCAGCUCCACUAUACUCGAUCGCCCACCACGCCCUUCACCAUCAGCCCCCCCAUUAGAAGCCAUGACAGAAUGAAGAGCCCCAUGGAACUGAAUCCGCCCCUGGAAACACCACCACAUGCUUCUGCCGUUCCCUUGCAUGAGACAGCACCUGUGCCCAACUUCCAGUACCAAGACGACCAUGUCUUGAUGAGCUUCAAGGACCACGGCUCGCAUGCUUCGCUCGACUUUAUGAACGGCUCUUCUUCCUCCUCUUCCUUAGACCACACGAACAUGUCCUCCUCUUCGUUCCAUGAACCUGGUUUCAUCGAUGAUUGCAUGUGGGAUGACAGCACCGUGGAGCCACUGGAAGCGCUGCAGCAAGCUGAAGAUCUAGUGCAGGCGCAACCCACGAUGUGCAGAAUGGGCGUCGAUGAGGCGAGCGAGAAGGGGAUGGUGAUGGAGACCUCCUACGGCAGUGCCACGCUCGAUCUUGAGAUGAUGGAGAGCGCAUUGUUGCCUUGUGGAGAGUUUUGCAGCGGGAGCUCAAUGGAGCACCUGCAAUGGGAUUGUUAGGUUUGAUUCCUUCCUUUAUGGUUCCCUUUUCCCUUGUGUUUUAGCUGCAAAGCAGCUUAGCUCAGGUACUGUGCACCGGAAGUACUGAGCAACUGUGAGAGAGAUGAUCUGAGAAGGUGCAGUGAAAACUUCUCUUGUUUUACCUGACAUUGGUGUAUAUUAAUUUGAGUCUGUCUCCUUCUAGUAGUAAAUGUGCCAAUGCCUCAUAUUUAUGCUAAUGAUAUAUCUUAAUGAUAAUAAUCAAGAAGUUACUCAAAGAAACAAAAUAAAGUCAAGAAAGGACAAGAAAGUUAGGGAAAUGAACUCAAGAGAUUGAGUUAUGCCAAGGAAGUAUGUUUGAGACAUCCAACUGGUUAGUACAUUAAUGCAUAGUUGAUGCAUCUUAUUUUGGAGUUUAUAUGAAAGUAUUUUGUUUCGCUGUUUAAUGUAAUAAAUAGAAGUUUAAUUUUAUAAAUAAUAAUAUUCAUAUUCAUAUUCAUAUUAAUAUUACUAUCCUCGAUAACAUAUUCGCGAGGGCUGUGCUACAUUUAGAUAGAUUGACCACCGUCGAAAUCUGUGGGUCCCGCGGCAGGGAACACGUGGAAGUGCUGAUUUGCGAGAAUGAUGGCUCCGCCGAUACGCAGCAUCGGCGUACCGUCUUCGCUCCACCGCGUCAGAGACACGUUGGCGUGACCUCAGCUUUCCUUCUCCGAUCUUCUCUCUCUCUCUAUCACGAAUUCGUUUCUUCUCUCGCCUUCUCACAGAUAUCCAUGGCGAAGAAGGCUGCUUCGGUGCAGGCUGCGGUGGAGGAGGUUCAGAAGAAGCGCACAAGGAGAGGAUUCCCAUAAAGAAGAUCGAGGACCGCUACAGCCGCGACGUCACCUACAGCAAGCGUCGAAAGGGCCUCUACGGCAAGUCUGUACCACUCCCGGAUCAGAGAUCACCGUAAUCUCCCCGUCCCCCGUUGGCCGCCCCUUCGCCUUGGGCCACCCCUCCGUCGACGUCGUUCUGUGCCACUUUCUCCCUGGCCAGCUGCAGCGGAAGCCCGAUCUGGAGGAGCUGCAGCGCAGGGCGGAGAAGUUGGAGAAGCUUCAGAGGCUUCCGGUUGCGAAAAUUGACAACGACGCUUCGGAGUCUGGCGGUGGAUCGGUGCCGGAGGGGCCGCAAAGCGAGGAGAUGGUGGAGCUUCCGAGGCCCUCCAAUGCCGAAGAAGUAGAAGACAUAAGCGAAGCCUGGAUGACAAUGUUGAAGGAUCUCGGCCGCGUCACUGGUUCUCGUGACGACUUCCCUUCUCUGGAUAGCAUCCCUCCGCUGGAUGACCUCUCUUGCGGUGGAGACUUUGAACACUUGGAAAUCUUCUGCUGGGAAUAGAUGAGUCUUGGCAAGCGUCUCUGUAGCUUCCAUUUACUCUUCCGCUUGUCCUACGGCUGCAGAUUAGCUGCGUCUCUGUUAUUGUGGAUUCCAUUAGGUGCUGAGUUCAUAUCCUCUGUUUUGCUGAAAGAGAAUCACAGCAUCCGGACUGCAAUUUGUUCUUCUCAAACUGCAUCUAUAAGCUGUUCCUCACAUGUCA